GUUCAUGGCAAAAAGAUCAUCACAGUGUGAACAUGUAACAACUAGGUGUGAAUGACUUUGACGUGCAAACAACAAGUAGCAGCAGUAAUGCUAUGUUUUUUUUUGUGGCAUCAAGUUAAUAUAGUUCUUCCUGUUAAGCCAUGGCAGGGUGUGGCUCACGUCAUAAAGUCCGUCAAUGGCCUGUGUCAGACAUCAGUGGGCAUCAGCACAAGACUGUGUUUCCUGACAAAUGUCACACCAAUGAGAAAGAGUUUGUGUUCGUUGUUGGCGAUUCACAUCUCAGAUCUUUUGCUGAUGGAGUUGUAAACAUGCCAGAGGGUCGGCUGUCCUUUGGUUUUAUGGCCACACCUGGAGGAGAUGCAACAGCGUUGCGUUUGGAGAUCUCCCAUCUUGGUGAUACUCCACGUACUCCAGAUGCAGUGUGCCUGCUUGCUCCGGGGAACAACAUGACCUCAAGUCGCACUAUUGAGGAGGCUGCCAGGGCCUUUGGGACUCUCCUCAGUGUUGCAUUGCAACACUGGCCGAACAAGGUGUUUGUGGUGGAUUUCCCCAUACGACAUGUACAUGCAACACUGGAGUACCAGCUUCUGCUAAAGCAGGAAUAUCACCGAGUUGCAGCAAAGAUGGGGGUGCGGUACUUCUCAACAGACAAUGUUUUCCAGCCAUCCAAAAGGUAUAUUCCAAGAAGUUGUGGAUACAACAUCACUGUUCUUGGAGUACAUAGUACAUUCUUAUGCAUGUUUCUCUGGGACUUAAUUAUUAUUGUCAUUACUUUUUGUUUAAGGCAUCUGUGGUGUCAGGAUUUGGUACACCUAAGUGAUGACGAAGGUAUGCCUCUCCUUGCUGACUUCAUUUGGAACACUUCAUACAGCAUCCUGCACAUCCCUGUCAAUCCUGUACCACUUAGAGUGCAUCCUACACUCAAACGAUGCUUUCACAAAAACAAGAAGGAGCAUGGUACUUCAUCACAGCCACAGCGUGUUGAUCGAUCUCAACGCUUAGCAACAUCCUAUCGGCCCUUUCCAGGUAAUAACUGCUCUGUGUGUUACAUAAAAUUGUCCAUUGUUAGUGGUGUCCAAUGUUUGAACAAUGUUCUGUCUCUGUUUUUUUCUUCUUUUUUUUUUGGUUUUUUUAAACCCAUACGUCUGUAUAUUCUUGUGUGCAGCUGUUAAAAUGAAGUAUGUUGACCAUGACCAAUGGACACAUCUGGUGCCUACUGUUCCAGGUAAUUCUUGCAUGCCAAUGUGUCUGUGUCCCGAUGUGUUACUGUUAUAGUGGAGACCCAUAUUUAAUUUAAGUCAUGUUGUUUGUGCUUGUUUCUAGAUGUGAGGAUGCAGGUUCGGGACCGGCGUCAUUGUAUAUGUCAGCAUGCUGCCAAAGGAUUGUUUGUUGACAUACAGCAAGUACGUUUCUGUAGAUGUAUACACUUUGUUGAACUGUUCAAUUACGUUUUCUAAAAAGUAUUCUGUAAGUAUUUAACGUAAUUAACACCUAACAUCAACUUGUGUUUACAGCGAAUUGUCAGCGGGGGUAGGAUGGAACGCAUCUUUGACACAUACGUCCUAUGUUACCCUUCGGCCUAACGCCAGAACGCUAAGCCUGUCCAUGACCCAGCACCUCAGUCAGUGGCUGAGAAGAAAUCCCUGCACAUCAAAAAGCUAAGUGCUGCUGGUUCAGGGCAUGUGGGUCGUAGGCCUUUGGUAGUAGUUGACAGGGUCAAAGAAGUUUUAGGACAGGAAGAUGUUAGGGACAAGGUAGUAAGGAGGAGAAAGAUGGGAAACAUACACACCAGUGUUACACAGACAGAACAGAAGCAGGAGUUGCCUACUGAGAGAGCACUGAAACAGGAGUUGGGUAGUCAAACAGUACAGAAACAGAAGUUUGGUAGGGAUGAAGGAAGUGUUGUUGGUCAGGGGCAAGGGGGUCACAUACCUUCAGAAGUAGGCAAACGGCACGGGGUAUAUAGCUGGGUGAUGGUAUCUAAUUUCUGUGUUCCCUUCCAGCCAACUUUUGAAUGUCCCAAAAAGUUUAGUAUUGCAGAAGUGCGUGAUGACAACACAUUGCCAAUAGCUUGUAAGCCAAAUGGGGUGAAAUCAUUCGCAAGUAAGACACCAAAUACACUGGACAACAAAGGGGGGAUGCCUUCUGUGCAUGACACAAGUGGGGGAGAUUCAGACCAUAACAAGACAGUGUGCUUACAGACAGUAGCUCAUGCUGAUAUUGAAAACAAACAAAAGGAAAUAAACAGCAGACUAGCUGCAGUACUUGCCAUUAAAAAGGGCAAGAACCACAUAAGAGGAGGUAUAGGUGAAGGCAACUCAAUAUUUCAGACGGCAAUUAGCAUAGCAGAGCAGCAUGGUAUCCAACUUAGAAGUGGCAAUCCAAACAAGGCCAAUGGUAAUUGCUUGUAUGAAUCCAUUAUUGAUAACAUAAAUGCAAGAGAAUGUUUUCCAGAACAUUUGACAGAAAGGCCUGAGCACUAUAGAAAGGUCUGGAAUACUGUAGGUGAACAGAAAAUUAAGGCAUCUCCACACUAUCCAAACGGAUAUACAGAACAGCAGUGGAGAGAAGCAUGGCAAACUUUGCAAACAACUAACCAAUAUGACCUUGACUAUUUUGGUGAUAUGGCUAUCCUUAGUUGUGCUCAUACUACUAAGAAAGAUAUCCUU